UAUCAUUCUUCAUGAAUCCCACUAUUUAAAACAAAUUGUCAUCAAAUUCUUCACAAUUGUCAAAAUAAUGUCCAAUUUAGAUAAUUCUAAUUCACCAUCUAAUUACAACAAUGGUUAUUAUAAUAUUGGAUCGAUGAUAUUGAUAGGUUGUUGUAUGGUUUCGUCAUGGAUUUUUAUACAAAGAUGGGGACAAAGAAACAAGGUGGGACCCAAGACAUGGCCAUUGAUUGGUGCUGCUGUUGAACAAUUGAUGAACUUUGAUAAUAUGCAUGAUUGGCUUGUUGAGUAUCUCUCCAAGUCCAAGACUGUGGUUGUUCCAAUGCCCUUCACCACCUAUACGUAUAUUGCUGAUCCUGCAAAUGUUGAGCAUGUUCUUAAGACCAACUUUGCUAAUUAUCCCAAGGGUGAAGUAUACCAAUCGUACAUGGAAGUUUUGCUAGGGAAUGGGAUAUUCAAUGCAGAUGGUGAAAGUUGGAGAAAACAAAGGAAAACAGCAAGCUUUGAGUUUGCAUCUAAGAAUUUAAGAGACUUUAGCACUGUUGUUUUUAGAGAGUAUAGCUUAAAGCUGUUUACCCUUUUAAGCCAAGCAUCUUUCCAGAAUAGAUCCGUCGAUAUGCAGGAAUUGUUGAUGAGGAUGACAUUAGACUCCAUAUGCAAAGUGGGUUUUGGAGUUGAAAUUGGAACAUUGGCACCUCAUCUACCUGAAAACGCAUUUGCUCGUGCUUUCGACACAGCUAACAUCAUUGUUACACUAAGGUUUAUUGAUCCUCUUUGGAAAGUUAAGAAGUUUCUAAAUGUGGGAUCUGAGGCUUUACUUACUCAAAGUAUGAAAAUCAUUGAUGACUUUACAUAUUCUGUAAUCCGGAGGCGAAAAGCUGAAAUUGAAGAGGCUAAAACAGAUUCUAACAACACAAAGAUGAAACAUGACAUAUUAUCAAGGUUCAUAGAGUUGGGAGAAGAUCCUGAUAACGACACAACGGAGAAGAGCCUAAGAGAUAUAGUGCUGAAUUUCGUGAUCGCAGGGCGAGACACCACAGCAACAACACUGUCAUGGGGAAUAUACAUGAUAAUGACUCAUGAAGAUGUUGCUGAAAAGCUUUACUUAGAGCUAAAAUCAAUAGAAGAAGAGCGAGCAAAUGAAGAAAAGGUGGAGUUAAUUGAUUGUGAUAUAGAAGACCCUGUAUCUUUUAACAAAAGGGUGUCACAAUUUGCAGACCUUUUAACUUAUGAUUCUUUGUCUAAGUUAUACUACUUACAUGCUGUUAUCACAGAGACUCUCAGACUUUACCCUGCAGUUCCUCAGGAUCCAAAGGGCAUAUUGGAAGAUGAUAUACUACCAGAUGGUACAAAGGUAAAAGCAGGAGGUAUGGUGACAUAUGUACCAUAUUCAAUGGGAAGAAUGGAGUACAAUUGGGGCCCAGAUGCUGCUGCCUUCAAGCCUGAGAGGUGGCUCAAAGAUGGUUUCUUCCAAAAUGCCUCUCCUUUCAAAUUUACUGCCUUUCAGGCUGGUCCGAGAAUAUGUCUUGGGAAGGACUCGGCAUAUUUACAGAUGAAGAUGGCAUUGGCUAUUCUGUGCAGAUUUUACAAAUUCAAGUUGGUACAAGGACAUCCUAUUAAGUACAGGAUGAUGACAAUUCUCUCUAUGGCUCAUGGAUUAAAGCUUACGGUCUCUAGGUGUUCUUAAUUACGUAGCAGUGCAUACUUCAGUCUUGCCUAGUUCCGCCAUUAAAAAUGUACUAAUUACUGUACAAAACGCGAGUUUGUAAACGCUAAUUCUACGGCAUGCAGGUCAAUACAGGCACAAAACCCACAAAUAUACAUUUAAACUUACUAAUAUUCCCUGUUUUCAAAGGGUCAGUCCUACAACUUCAGAAAUAUACCAUCUUAUUCUUCGUUUCU